CAUAGCCGAGCACGUUGUAGGCGUCGUGCGUGGCAGCUUCCCCUCCCGCCUCGUACCGUCCUCCUCCCAACCUCCUCCCCUUGUUUCACGGAGCCCUCUGCUGCCGCGAACUAAUCGGCAACCAAAACUAACAGCAGCUACUAGCUACUAGCAGUAGCGGCGGCGGCAUGGAGGCGGUGGCGGUGGCGGCGGAGGCGAGGGAGCUGCUCCGGGCGAGCUUCGCGUCGGGGAGGACGCGGCCGGCGGCGUGGCGGGCCGCGCAGCUGCGCGGGCUGCUGCGGAUGGCGGCGGAGAUGGAGGCCGAGAUCUGCGCCGCGCUCCGCGCCGACCUCGCCAAGCCGCACACCGAGUCCUACGUCCACGAGAUAUCGCUGGUCACGUCCUCCUGCAAGUUCGCACUCAAGAAUCUCAAGAAAUGGAUGCAACCCAAAAAGGUCCCCGCCGGGGUGCUGACGUUCCCGUCCACGGCGAGGGUGACGCCGGAGCCCCUCGGCAUCGUGCUCGUCGUCUCCGCCUGGAACUACCCUUUCUUGCUGGCCGUCGACCCGGUCAUCGGCGCGAUCGCCGCCGGCAACGCCGUGGUGCUGAAGCCGUCGGAGAUCGCGCCAGCGACCUCGUCGCUGCUAGCCGACCUGCUGCCGCGGUACGUGGACAGCUCGUGCAUCAAGGUCGUCGAGGGUGGCAUCGCGGAGACCACCGCGCUGCUGGAACAGAAGUGGGACAAGAUCUUCUACACAGGUAACAGCAAGGUAGGGCGCAUCGUGAUGUCCUUUGCCGCGAAGCAUCUGACGCCGGUGGUCUUGGAGCUCGGUGGGAAAUGCCCGGUCGUCGUCGAUUCCAACGUUGAUCUCCAUGUUGCUGCUAAGAGGAUCGCUGCCGGAAAGUGGGGUUGCAACAGUGGCCAAGCUUGCAUCUCACCGGACUACGUUAUAACCACCAAGUCAUUCGCACCAAAGCUGCUGGAUUCCUUGAAGAAAGUCCUGGACGAGUUCUAUGGGAAAGACCCGCUGCGAUCAGAGGAUCUGUCACGCAUCGUCAACUCCAACCAUUUCAAUAGAUUGAAGGCCCUGAUGGACGAGGAGAUGGUCUCCGACAAGAUCGUGUUCGGCGGCCAGAGUGAUGAGCAGCAGCUAAAGAUCGCCCCGACAUUGUUCCUGGAUGCCCCACUUGAUUCGGCGAUCAUGAAGGAGGAAAUAUUCGGGCCCCUGCUUCCUAUAAUCACGGUGGACAAGAUCCAUGAGAGCUUUGCUCUGAUCAACUCCAUGACCAAGCCACUGGCAGCCUACCUCUUCAGCAAGGACAGCAAGCUCAAGCGCCAGUUUGAGAGAAACGUUUCUGCAGGAGGGGUGAUAUUCAAUGACACCGGCAUCCACCUCACAAAUCAGAACCUGCCCUUCGGAGGAGUUGGGGAGAGCGGCAUGGGCGCCUACCAUGGCACCUUCAGCUUUGACGCCUUCACCCACAGGAAGGCCGUCCUGGACCGCAGUUUCCUCGGCGAGGCGAAGGCCAGGUACCCGCCGUACACGCGGGGGAAGCUGAAGAUCCUCAAGGGUGUGCUCAAGGGGAACCCACUGGCCAUGGUUCAGGCUGCUCUAGGGUGUACAGGAUGGGCAUGAGUUCAUCUCUUCAGAACAGCAUGCAUAUUCAUAGCAUACACAAAAGUAGUAUAUAUGUCUCUAUACACGUGUUUCCAAAAUGCAUAACAUUUCAGAGCAAGUAUUUGCAAAUGUAACUCUGGA